AUGAGUUCUAUCACCCCAUACAAAAUUGCCGUUCCAGACGAGCAGCUCCAGCAACUUCGCCAAAAAUUGGAGCAGACCAACUUUCCUGAUGAACUCGAUGCUUCCGGGUGGGAUAUGGGUGUUCCUCUCCAUGAGAUCAAACGGCUUGCUGCCGUAUGGCGUGAUGAAUUCAAUUGGCGCGCGCAAGAAUCAAAAUUGAACGAAACUUUCAAGCAGGUGAACGUUCGAGUUGGCGUGGAUGGUUUUGGAGACUUGGAUAUCCAUGCUGUGCAUCACAAAAGUGGAAAUUCGAGGGCUAUUCCAUUACUAUUUAUCCAUGGAUGGCCUGGCAGCUUCCUGGAGGCAACCAAGCUGAUCCCACUACUCACUAAAAGCGACGGAGACGGACCAGUAUUCGAUGUCGUAGCGCCUUCAUUACCAAAUUUUGGAUUUUCCCAGGGUGUCAAAAAGAGAGGAUUCGGCCUGGCACAAUAUGCCGAAACUAUCCACAAAGUAAUGAUAGCACUGGGUUACGACGAAUACGGCAAGCCAGUGAUCCAAGGAGGGGACUGGGGCAGCAUGAUCGCACGCACCAUAGCCCAGUUCUACUCUCAACACACGCAAGCCAUUCACCUGAACUUCAUACCCGUCACACCACCCUACCCAUGGCGAAGCCCGUACCAGUUUAUCAAAUCGUUAAUCUCAGUGCCCUUCUCGGCGAAAGAUCGCGGCUUCAUCGCCCGGUCAGUGGGAUAUCUCACGCGCGGCAAUGCAUAUAUGAAACAGCAGGAGACACGUCCCCAGACUCUGGGCUACGGGCUCCACGAUAGUCCCAUCGGGCUGCUGGCUUGGAUAUAUGACAAAAUGCACAGUUGGUCUGACGAUUAUCCCUGGACAGACGAGGAGAUUUUGACUUGGGUGAGUGUGUAUUACUUUUCGACGGCUGGGCCGAUGGCUUCGACGAGAAUUUACUAUGAGGCUUCGGCGCCGAAAAGAGCGGAUGAUCAUAUGUCAGAUGGGGGAUCUCAGGUGGAUCCACAGGAGAAGGUGGAUUUGAAAUAUAUGUCGCUUGCGCAGGUUCUUGGAGCUCGGGCUCCUCAGAGCGUACGCUUUGCGGUGGCGCAGUUCCGCGAGGAACUUGUUAUGUGGCCCAUGGCGUGGUAUCGCUCUAUUGGGAAUGUUGUGCAAGAGAAAGAGUAUGAUCAUGGUGGCCAUUUUGCUGCUUGGGAGGUACCUGAGCUACUGGCUGCUGAUCUCAAGGAGUUCCUGGGUAGAGAAGGGCCAGCAUUUGGGGCAGUAGCUGACAGAGAUGGAUACUGA